AAUACCCAUUAAUCGGAUAUUUGGAAUAUCGGAUUCGUCGACUCAUUUCUACGCUACAAAGCUUUGCGCAUGGCGCUUAUAUCAUUAUUAUAGCUUAUCCGUUUUCAAUCCUUGGCCAAACAAAACCCUAAAAUUUUCUCUUAAUUUUCCCCCAAAUUCACUCUUCUUUUCCCUGGUGUAGUUUGCAAAUGGCAAAAGGUGGCAAAGGACGGCGUAGAACAGCAAGCCAGCAAACCCCAUUCUUGUUGCAUUGUCGUCGCCAAGGCAUCUCUGGAGAUUUACACCCCAAAAAAUGUUCCAAAGCUUUGGAUAAUAGGGAUUGGGAAGAUGCAACAUGUUCUGUUUGCAUGGAGUGCCCUCACAAUGCUGUUCUUCUUCUCUGUUCAUCCCAUGACAAGGGCUGUCGUCCAUACAUGUGUGGAACUAGCUUCAGAUACUCAAACUGCCUUGACCAGUACAAGAAGUUCCACACUAAAGUAGUUCCAUUCAAUCAUGAAGAACGGUUGCAUACUUCUAUUGAUAAUUCAGUUCUGGCUGCCGGUUCUAGUCGGCCUGUUGAUAAGUGUGAAGUAACAGAAAUAUCAUGUCCACUUUGCAGGGGUCAGGUAAAAGGAUGGACUGUGGUGGAACCUGCAAGGGAAUAUUUAAAUGCCAAAAAGAGAAAUUGUAUGCAGGAUGACUGCACCUUUGUUGGUACUUUUAAGGAAUUAAGGAAACACAUGAAAGCAGACCAUCCAUGUGCUCAGCCACGUGAAGCGGAUCCUACCAUUGAACAGAAGUGGAGAAGGCUUGAAAGGGAGCGGGAGCAGGAGGAUGUGAUCAGCACAAUAAGGUCAACAAUGCCCGGGGCAAUGGUUUUUGGUGAUUAUGUAAUAGAAAGAAAUCAUCACGGUUUUGAGACGGAUGAAGAGGGUGGUAUUGACACAGCAGAUGCUAUAGAAAGGGUUGGAGAUUUUGAUGUAGGGUUAGAUAAUAAUGUUUUGAAUUUCUUUCUUUUUCUGCAUGCAUUUGGGCCAUCAGGGAAUGACCUUGGUAGACGAACAAGGCAGCCUACACGUGCAGCAGAUGAGAAUGCUGUUGGUGUUCGCCUUACCUCUCCUGUUGGGGGUCAUCAAGAUGAUGACUAUUUUAAUGAUGGCGGGGGCAAUGUAUCUUUGGUUAGCCGGCUCCGUCGACAUGGCAGAGUUAUUUUAGGACGUUCAGGCAGGAGGAGGAGAAGAAGAGAAGACAUUGGAGGUCAAAUGUAGGAUAAAGCUGUACCUAUAAAGGAGGGGAAACAGGAAAGGCUACAUCCUACAUUUCACUGUAGUCUAAGCAAAAAUUAGGUGAAGCCAGUAAAAGAGAAAUUUAGAAUUCAAAUUUCCAUCAAUUUAUUUCUCAUUCAUUUUGAGGGGUUGUAUCAGAGGUUGGCUGGGAAGAUGAGUAGCCUGUUUUCCUUUGUUGUUGUGUAAUCAUUUUGAUGUACUGGUAAUUCCUUUUUUUUUUUUCAACUUAUGUUAGUCCUCUAACCCUGUAUAUGUAUAGAAUUGUAGACUUAGUAAUUUGGGGGAUGCAGGGAAACAAUGAACGUAUUGCGAAACCUUAAACUGCUAAGGAACCUCAUUGUAUUUUAGGGGUACUGAGAUAAAUCCUUCAAUAAUUGAAACAUUACAGUAAUUGGAGACUA